AUGAGUUUCUAUGCUCGUUUGACCCACUCAUCAGCAAGAAAAGCAUCUUGCCGGGUUCCAACACCACAAAUAAUCGGAUGUUAUUUAAAUUCACAACCAUACUUGCAGUCUCUUAUAAAUCGCAGUGUAUUUUUACGGCUCUCUUGCAUUUCACCUCCAUUUUCUCGAUUUCCUCGCAUUCUCUGUUUCUCUCCGAAUCGCUUUCUUUCCGGGUUAGCCAACGACAAGGAUGAUCCCCACGAACGAAGAAAAAUCUAUCUCAAUUUUCGGAGUGCUUUAGCCAAAGGCGAUGCUGUUUCUGCAACAGAACAUUACACCGCUUUGGCCGAUUACAAUUUUGUAAUGAAAGCUAGCGACCUCCGGUCCUUUCUCCUCCUCAACUGGCGCAAAAAUGCAAUUCAACUUAAUGAACGUUUCUAUCCUUCUCGCCCUAUUCGUAUUGCCAUCAACGAGCUAAUGUCUCAAGAUGAUACCUGGGAAGCAUUUGAUCUCCGGCUUUUUGUUGGUCUGGCUGACUACAAGAAUGAUCCCAAAUUGAUGUAUGACUUGUACAAGGAGAUGCGGAAACAGCACAUGAUGCCCACGAGAGCUACGAUAUUUGAAAAGAUGUUUAAAUGCUUGGAGAGGAAUGAUUGCUUGGACGAAGCGUUUGAGGUGUUGAAGGAUAUGACGGCACGGCAGUUUAAUCCGCCACAUUACUCCAUCGAGAAAGCAUUGACAAGAUUACUGGAGAACGUUGGUCAAGGCGGUGAAGCAUUCCAUAAAGCUGUCUGGUCCUACAAGCAUGCAAAGGAGAUCAAUGUUAUUUUCUCAUCUACAUACUACAAGAAAUUCAUUCGUACUGUAGCUGCUAGGUAUCCGUUAUUAGCAAAGAGGGCGCUUGAUGAUAUGGUUAAUGAUAAGAAUGAACCGAGUCAAGGUGACUACGAUGAGGUUUUGAACAAUCUAGUUAGAAGAAAGUGUAAUCCGGAAAGCGUGUCUGUUUAUAGGGAGAUGAGAGAGAAGAAGAUGAUGCCGUCAAAGAGUUCAUUUACGCAUCUUCUCGACGUUGUCGGGAGAUUUGGCAAUGCAGAAGUGUUGGACUUGGUAUAUAGGGAUUUAAUGGAAAUAUACUACAAAAAUGAAGUGGAUGAUAAUGGUAGAUUGCUGCUGGACGGGAUCAAAGAGUUGAUACUGGAUAUGGAAAAGAAUGAAGAAGAUGUCAUGAAACAUGUUUAUGAGCAUCACAAUGAAGUCAAAAAAUACCCUUUAUCUCUCGUUCCUGUUUUCCAGUCUUUAUUUGUUAAGGGGGAAGACAAAAAAGUAUAUUCUAAACUUGUAAAUUUAAUAGAAAAUGGAUUCGUAAUCCAUAGCGAUUUGUCACAUUAUAUAAUAGCGCAAUUUGUAUGGAGGGAUCAAUUACCUUUUGCCGAGUCUCUUUUACUCUCAUUUCCCCGUUUUAUCACACCACCUAGAUAUACUUAUUCAAUGGUAGCAAACGCGUUAAUACAACAAAACAACCAUCCAAAAGCGGAAAGGAUUCUGCACGAAAUGAUUCGGGCUGGGCAUUCGAUUGAUCAUUUAAUACUAUGUGAGAUGAUUAAGAAAUACACUAGAGUGCGAGAUACGUCACCGAUCAAGUAUUUAAUCAAAUUACUAGAAGAUGCAAGAACCAAACAAAUGGACUAUACAAGCGCGUCAGUGUUACUAGAAGUAUAUUCGACACAAGGAGACGUAGACAAGGCUAGUGAAAUUUGGAACAUACUGUAUACGAAAUACAAUGACAGAUCAUUGAAUGCAGCCCUGUCGAUGACGUUGGAUACUAUCCGUAGUCAUGGAAAUCUAAAAUCAUUCAAGGAACUCUGGAGUACUGUAGUUCGCGAGAAGAAGAUUGUGCUGUCUUCUGCCAACUAUCAUUCUUAUAUCAAAACUCUAAUCAGAUUCAACCUGGUGAACGAAGCAGUAGACGCAUUGACUGUUGAUAUGUCUUAUGAAAGCAUUACGCCCUCUAUAGGAACAGUCGAUAGGGUGUUAAGAGCAUUGGAGCAUCCAUCAAAGAGGUCAGUAAAAGUCUGGGAGAUGGUGCGAGAAAGAUGGCCGAGGAUAGAAAGGGAGUGGCAGGCAGCUAAGCAACAUAACGUAGAUAUAGUUGAUGUGAGAAUGAGAAAGCUACCGAAAAAUGUCGCAGUUUUCAAUGAAGAUAAGGCUAGGAAAGAAUACACUAAUGAAAGACACCCAACCGAGAGUGAAGAUAAUCUGAGAAGACAUAGAAACGGAAGUAGAGACAAUGAUAGAGAUAGAUAUAAGGAUUGGGAUAGACAUAAGGAUAGACAUAAGGAUAGAGAUACGGACAGAGAUAGCGGAGUUGAAAAUUAUAACAGGUCAUUAAAUCGGAGAACGGAGAGACUGUCUGACCGGAAUGACUCUGAGUGGGAGGAACGAACUAGCAGGAGAGAUUAUGGACAUGCAAGAAUAAAAAUGGAGCGAACUGACAGACGAAAUGAUUGGGAUGAUGAUAUGCGAGUGAAUAAGGAUACAAAAGAAGCGAGAGAAUAUUAUCGAAGGAUGAUGGCCGAAUAA